CUUUCAACUCCCACCGGCUUCCUCUCUCCGGACACAAAUAAGGCACUCACAGUUCUCAUUGGACACCGAGUUUCUAGAGAAACCAAUCAGUGACACAGAGGUUCCAAGUAGAGCAGUUUACAGAAAUCGCUUCUACACCCUUCACUGGCCCCUGUGCUGAGAAAAAUGUCUUCUUUUUCCUGGCUCAAGCUGUUGGCAGGCGCCAUAGUCCUGGUCCAGACACAGGCUAGCUCACAUUCGCUUCGGUAUUUCUACACCGCUGUGUCCCGGCCCGGCCUCGGGGAGCCCCGGUUCAUUGCGGUGGGAUAUGUGGACGACACGCAGUUCGUACGCUACGACAGCGAUGCGAAGAAUCCAAGGAUGGAGCCGCGGGCGCCGUGGGUGGAGCAGGAGGGGCUGGAGUAUUGGGAGGAGGAGACACGGAAAGCGAGGAACACAGGGAAGAACUUCAAGUUGAACCUCAAGACCCUGCUUGGCUACUACAAUCAGAGUGACACCGAACCUCACACUCUGCAGUGGAUGUAUGGCUGUGACCUGGGUCCAGAUGGUAAUCUCAUCCGCGGGUACUGUCAGGAGGCCUACGAUGGCCGGGAUUAUAUCUCCCUGAACGAGGACCUGCGCUCCUGGACCGCAACUGACGCGGCCUCUCAGAUCUCUAAACUCAAGUCAGAGAAGGUAGAAGAGGCCGACCACCAGAGAGCAUACCUGCAGGGCGUGUGCAUAGGCAGCCUCCAUAGAUACCUGCAGUUGGGGAAGGCGACCCUGCUGCACUCAGACCCUCCAAAGACACGUGUGACCCACCAUCCUGGACCUAAAGGUGAUGUCACCCUGAGGUGCUGGGCCCUGGGUUUCUACCCUGCUGACAUCAGCCUGACCUGGCAGAGGGAGGAGGAGGAACAGACUCAGGACAUGGAGCUGGUGGAGACCAGACCUUCUGGGGAUGGAACCUUCCAGAAGUGGGCAGCUGUGGUGGUGCCUUCUGGGGAGGAGCACAAAUACACAUGCCAUGUGUACCAUGAAGGGCUGCCUGAGCCCCUCACCCUGAGAUGGGAGCCUCAUUCCAAGGUCCUCAUCAUGGCAAUCAUUGCUCUUCAAGUUCUCCUUGGAGCUGUGAUCAUUGUAGCUGUGGUGGUUAUUGUGAGGAAGAGGAGGAGAAACACAGGUGGAAAAGGAGGCUAUGAUCAUGUUGUAGCUUUAGACAUCUGCCUCGCGGGACUGAGUAAGGGCUGACUCAGGAAACACCAGAUCUCUGGGGAUGAUGAAGAUCUGCAGAGACCACUCCUACCUACCAGGACGCUGACCCUGAGUUCCUUUUCAGGACCAAGCUUCCUGUUCCCAGCACGAACAGGAGAGACUCUAUUAAUAAAUAAAGCUUGCUUAAAAAUCAGAGCAAAGGAGCCAUGUUUGCCAGCCACAGAGGCCAGGCAGUGGUGGCACAAACCUUUAAUCCCAGCAGCCACACUAGGUAGCCAUAGAGGCCAGGUGGUGGUGGUGCACGAUUUUAAUUCCAGCACCAGAGAGGGAUAUAAAAUAGGAGGAGACAGAUCUCAGCCCAGUCUCAGUCUGAAUCUGAGGAUUCCUGGAGGCAGGAUCACCCAUUUUUGGUCUGAGGUAGAGGUUAGAGCCAGUGACUGGCUGCUUUGCUUUUCUGAUCUUCAUCUUGUACACCAA